AUGAACGAAUUGCAAAGCGGCCCGAACAGCAGGACCAAUGCGCAAAUUGAAUCAUGGAGAGAGGAUGUCGAGGAGGCCCAUCGCUACGAAGAGCCUCACUUUAACUAUACAGAUGGAUCAAACCUGAUCGAGGAAUUACCCCAGAAAGUUGAUAGAGAUAUAUCACCCACUCACGCAUCAACGGAACCUUCGGAAGACUUUUUCACGUCUCUUCUAGGAGAUUUGAACCUCGAUUCGACUGUCAGACUCGAGAACACCGCGGAGACAAAGAUCAUUCGAACGCCCAAGGAAAAUAACUCGGGGGGAAAGAGCGAAUCGCUGCAAGAAGAGAACAAAAACGAAGCUGAUCAGCAAGCUAAAAGGCUGGAAGAAAUUCAGAGAUACAUCACGCAGCAGAAGCGCAGUGCCCGGGAGGAGGCAGCGGCACAAGCAAAACAAGUUGAACUGCAGAAAGUUACGAAGGAUAUCCUCGAGCUGAUUGCCCUUGAUACACUUGUCAAGCAUACGGCGCUGGACAUCAACCUUUCAGAUUCCUGGGAACGUGUUCUCAUGCUUAAAACCGCAUGUUCAAGCAUUGAGAUGUUCUUGGCAGAAUGUGCCCCGGAUCCUUAUGCCUGGAGUGUCCUCAGAAGGGAAGGCUAUUUUGCUUUACAUCUAUCGUCAGCGAUUCGAGGGGUUCUUGAAAGCGAGGACAGACCCAAAGACCGGGAGUUCUUACUUACUAUUCUCGAAUCACUAUUGGAAAUCUUCAAUGGUGAUGUGGAGUGGGACAUUGUACCUGAUAAUGUACCUAGAGCUCUGGUUAGGAGAGCAAUCGCCGUGGCAAGGGAUGGACCAGACCCGCCUAAUUAUGAGUGGGGCGAAGACUCUCAAACCGAUGCGUUUUUGAUAAUGGUUGCUAACAAGUCAGAGUCGUCGUUAUUCGGAACUCCAGAUUCGGACAAUCCGAGAUACUGGGAUUAUUGGAUGCGCAGGGGUGGGUUUGGCUCGAAGAGUUCCUGA